AUGCCAUACUUGAGAUCAAUUGCUAAUACCAAUGGGAGAUGGGGUAUUUCAAAUACAAGAGUACCUACUGAGAGUCGCCCAGGCCAUGUAGCUAUAAUUGCUGGCUUCUAUGAGGAUCCUUCAGCAGUUGCUAAAGGCUGGAAAGAAAAUCCCGUUGACUUUGACUCUCUGUUUAAUCAAAGCUCUUAUACCUGGUGCUGGGGCACUUAUGACAUUCUAGAUAUAUUUACAAAGGAUCACAAUGUAGUGGAUCAUAUAUUUGUUGAGAAGUUUGAUCCCUAUGACCAGACCUAUAGUUCUGAUAAAAAUACUACACUCCUAGAUGAGUGGGUAUUUGUUGCCGCUAAAGAGUUUUUUGAAAAAGCACACCAAGAUAAGGAUUUGAAGCAAAAAUUACAUAGUAAAAAAGUAAUAUUUUUCCUUCAUUUACUUGGCACUGACACCGCUGGCCAUACACACAAACCUAAAACAGAAAACUUUUUAACAACUUUGAGACAUGUAGAUAACGGCAUCAAAGAUAUUGAAAGAAUUAUAAGAGAUUUUUAUGAUGACGAUGGAAAGACAACAUUUUUAAUGACAGCUGAUCAUGGCAUGACAGAUUGGGGUUCCCAUGGCACUGGAUAUGACCAUGAAACUAAAACCCCUUAUGUACUUUGGGGGUCCGGGGUACAGCAAGUCCACAAUGAUGAAAAGCAUUUAGAUCCGGAAACAAAAUCCAUGUUUCAAGAACAUAGAUUGGACUUGAAUCAAGCUGAUUUAACACCAUUGAUGGCAACAUUUCUCUCUAUACCUGUUCCGGUCAAUUCUAUAGGACAUUUACAAGUUAAUCUACUCAAUGCCACCCAAGAUAUAAAGGCUAAAGCAAUGUACAGCAACAGUAGGCAACUGCUGUCUCAGUACAAUAAAAAGAGACACGAUGUGGAGGCGAAUGCUGUAACGUUUUUAUAUUAUCCGUACAAACCUUUGGACGGGGAAAAAGUAGACGAGUUGAUACAUUUCACAGAGAUGCUUCUACAAAACAAAGAUUACGAACAAUUAAUACUAUUUAGCGAAGAAAUUAUAAAGCUAAGCUUAUCAGGCCUUGUAUAUUACCAUAACUAUUAUCAAUAUCCUCUGUUAGUGACGAUAACUGUUUCAUUUUUGGGUUGGAUUACUUACUUGUUAAGGAUAUUAAUGGAACAAUCAGUUUUCUCUCAAGUAGAUGUGUCUAAUAAGAAACACCAAAAAUCUAGUAACAUGUAUAGCAAUUUCGACAAGGCGAUUCUAGGCAUAGCUUUAGUUUUAGGAAUCCUAUCAAGUAUUUUAAUUUAUGCUCAAAACUUACCAGUCCAGUAUUAUAUUUACUUUAUAUUACCAAUAUUUCUAUGGUUUUAUUCUUUGUCACCUAUAUCACUGUGGGUUCAGGUAUUCACUGUGAUCAAGCGACGAAGAAGAAUUAGCAAUUUGAUUAUACAAAUGUUUUGUUAUAUAACCGGAUCGAUAGCAAUUGGUUUUUCCUUUUCCUACAGGUGGGUUCUCAGCGUACCACUCCUUGGCAUGAGCAUAUGGCCAGCAUUUUCGCGACCUAAACAAGGAAAGCACACUUUGCUGUAUGUGGCGUGGCCAAUCGGAUGUCUAAUAUUGAGCAUUUUUUCUUUGAUGCCAGUAAUCGGGAAGGAUGUAUUCAUCGAAUUAGUAUUUGCCGGGGGCUUCAUGUGGUUACUAGUCAUGCUGUAUUAUGUAUAUUUCAUCCUCUGUUCCAAUUCUAAUGACGAUGGCAAAAGAGAUAUAAUCCUAAGCGUUAUACACAUGAUUUUGCUGACCGUGACAUUGCAAAUAAUAUUUGUCCAGUCUAAGAGAUUUGAAAGUCGCACUGGAGUAUCGCACAAUUUACAAAGUCUAUGUUGGGUGAUAACUUUUCUACUUCCAAUCCUCCCUCUGCUGUACACAAGGAGAAUGAACAAUCGCAUUCUGGGCAUCAAUUCAUCAACGAUCAUAUUUUAUUUAAUGAUGUCCGUUGCUCAUGAAGGACUCUUUAUUGUGGCACUAAUAUUUAGUAUAACUUGCUGGAUGUAUUUAGAAUUUAAAUUGCUCGACGUAGGUAAUAAUGAGAUUAAAGACUGCUUCUUCAAUGCUGAUGAAACAAAACAUAUAACGCCAUUUGAAAGAAGUAUUAAUAGCGAUGACUUCCGGAGGGCAUUCUUCUUUCUAUUGUAUAUCGUUUUAUCCUAUUUCGGAACUGGAAAUAUAGACUCUCUCAAUUCCUACGAAGUGCGAUGGGUGCUAUGUUUCACCACUUCGUUCAAACCAUUUCUUAUUAUGACCCUCAUAAUUUUGAAAACUUUAUCAACACAACUCAGUGUUGCUUGCUGCUUUAGAGCUAUACAAAGUUUGACCAAGGCACCCACCGGAUAUACCCACAUAAUCGUUCUUAUAUAUUCCAAUAUUAUGGGUUUGUUGUUAUUAUACUGUGUAACCAAUACUGGCAGUUGGCUGGAAAUAGGAACGUCUAUAUCGCAAUAUUUGGGAAAACUCUUCAUAAAUAAAGGCUUGAUGAUAAGACAGGCAAAAACACAGAUCAAUUCCAACCAUCAAAACAUUCGUCUACAACAUAUAUUAAAGCCCAAUCUCUGGGCUUUCUCAAUAUCGAUGUCUAAAAGUAGAGAGUUUUCCUCUAACUAUCGCCAAAAUGAAAGCUAUACCGGAGAAAAGCUUAUAUAUCCUGCAGCAAGUCGAAAUCAAGAUCCUAUUCUACAGGUUUUGAAAAGAUUUGUUCUGUGUGACAGUGAUCAAAUAGAUGAUGAAAGCCCAUCUUUUCUGGAAAUAGCCUCAGGGUCUGGACAGCAUUUGGCUCAUUUUGCACCAAAUUUUCCAGGUGUAAAGUUUCAACCCAGUGAAGUUGAUUCCGACUUAUUUGGAAGUAUUACUUAUUAUGCAAAUAAUUGUUGCACUAAGAAUAUUUUGUUACCAAUUUUACUAGAUGUAAGAAACAAUCUGUCAAGCUAUGGAUUUGAAGAAAGUUCUAUUGAUUACAUGUAUAGUUCAAAUUUAAUCCACAUAAGCCCUUAUGAAUGUACCAAAGGGCUGUUUCAAAAUGCUGGAACAUACUUAAAGUCCGAAGCUCUUAUGAUAACAUAUGGACCUUACAGUAAAGAUGGUGUAAUAACACCUCAAAGUAAUGUUGAUUUUGAUGCGUCUCUUAAAGCAAGAAAUCCUUUAUGGGGUCUUAGAGAUAUAACUGAUCUGAUAAAGCUAGGAGAGGAAAAUAAUUUAUCUCUUAUUGACACAGUUGAGAUGCCUGCUAAUAACUUUAUUUUGAUAUGGAAGCGAGAUUAA